CCAAGCUCCUCCUCACGCGAAGUGCGGCGCCUCAUCUACUGCUGCCGCCCGGCCUUCCCUCUUCCCUCACCUCACUUCGUGGGCGCCGCUCGUUCGUAAUCCUCCACCAGAGUUUAUCAGCCCGUAGUCCGUAUCUUACCCCAGUCAUUCUUUUUUGGGCCCGGAGACAGCAGCGUUUGUUUUGACCGACACCGACUGCUUUGCAUAUACGCUGCAUAUACACAUCGCAAACCUGCACAUACUCAUACACUCGCUUGGCCAUAUACGACCGCAUUACGACCUCACGCUGUUAAUACUCAACCCCACACUGCACCUGGAACACCCGUACAACUAGCAUAUACACCGGCCAUCUGCGACACCCCUUGGCUCACGUCUGCCUCGCAUAUAUUGUUACCAACCCCGGAUUGGCGGAGGAGGAGAAACAUCUUGAAACAAUGCAACACCGCCAGAUGCAUCACUUUGCCGGGAGAGGAAUUCACGUCGGUUCUGCAAGCCGCACAAUGAUCGAGGAGGCCAGCAAAGUUCUUGUCGCUCGCAGCACCUCAACAUGUACCAGCGACAGCGAGCCGGGCUGCACAAAGCCUACACAAGUCCCCACACUAGCCAUUGCCCUUGCCAUUGUCGUACCGGUUGUUGGUAUUUCAAUCGUGCUGUUUUUCCUGCACCGCAGGAACCAGAGGAAGCUAGCUGAAGAGGACAAGGACAAAUACCGCUCAAUGGACUUUGGUCUGGAGGACAAGGGUUCAGGCGGCCGCGUUGGCUUGAAGAAGGGACCUGAGAUGGCCGUCACCGAUGUCGAGAAGGAGACGAAGGGCACACACGGCCGCGGCAUCUCGCUGGAGCAUGGGAGCCCCUACAUUCUGCCUGUUGGCCUGCACGGCUCUCGCGAGUCGUUUCACUCGCUUUCUCGAUCAAACCACGACCCCCACGACCCCUACCGCCCAGUUACCUUCAUGACUGAUGGCGCAAGCGUUCGCAGCUCAAGCCGCGCAUACGGAAAAGACAACGGCUCCCUGUACACAUCGUCAAGCGGAGGCACAAAAGGAAGGAACGGUGAUGGUCUCGGUCUCCUUCAGAAUGCGCAGAGGAUGUCCACAUCCAACCCUAUCCGCAGCGAAUCCUUGUCUCCUGACGGCACAAGGUCGCCAGUCCAGUUCCCCGACCCAGCAGGCCUGCCCCUCAGCCCACUGAACCCUCGGUCAAACGACCAGUUCCCUACACCACCACCGCGCGUAGCAUCUCCCGAAGCCAAGAGCCCUGGUGGGUCAGAGAUCAAGCAACAAUACGCCGCCUUCAAGCCCACAACAGAUGUUCCUAAGAUCAUGAUUCCUGAUGCCGAUGUCAAGAGCAAGUCGGUCAACAAGUCGCCUGUCGAGCAAGCCGCCAGCUUUCCUUCUCGCAUCCAGUCUCAGCAGGCUGUCGUCUCCCACGGCCCCUCCAAUAGCAUACUCAGCACAUCUAGCUACGGCGAUGCUUUCCAGGUCACACCACCCUCGCCUCGCCAGUCUCAGCCAACGAUCCAGGAAGCUCCUACACCUGUAGCACCCACGCCUCUGCGCCCUCAGGCUUCAAACGAUGCUAGGCUGAGCGUUGCUGAGUUUGGUCAGAACAGCAACCGCCUGUCUAUGAGUUUACGCCCCAUGCCUCCUAUGCACGACGACCCUGAAGAGAACCCUGAGGACCGCGCCAAUCGCAUUCGAUCGUUCUACAAGGAGUACUUCGACGACUCAAAGCCUGAGCCCGCCGGUGGACACCAGUACACUGACUACUACGAGGACUACAGCUCCGAGUAUCUCGAUGGCGCUGUCUACGAUUCGCAAGGAAAGGGUUUUGUUGCUGCGCAGCCCAACGCACCCUUUGCUGAGCCCAUUGUGCGCCGAGCCAUGACACCUCCUCCACGAGCACCCCCUCGCUUCCGCAGCGGCACUGUUGGCGGUAGCAACCCACACAUGUCCAAUGGUUCCAUGGCAUCACCUCAGUACCCUCCGCGCAACAUGUCUUCGAUGAGCGGACGCCUGCCUGCUCCUGGACCCAGGAAGCCUCUGCCACCACCUUCUGCACUCUCUUCGCUGCCCACACCCGGAAAGCUGACCGAGAACUCCAUGGUGUUCGACGCCGCCGACUUCGCACCUCCCGUCUCAUACCGUGACAGACAGAACGGCAUGCGCCCCGACAGCCCACUCGGCGCCCCCAGGCCGUUCAGCCCCGCUGUUCGCCCGCAUACUCCUCUUGCCAGCUCUUACGAUGACCUCGCCGUGAUGCCCAGCCCCCAUUUGCUUCGCAAGUCUGGCACCUUCACAGCGCUCGACUUCGCGCCUCCGCCAAAAUUCCGUGAGCCCGGUGGCUCUCGCCCCGGUUCAUCAGCUGGCUCCAUCCGCUCGAACCGCUCCGGCAUGUCGAACAACGCACAAUUCGCCAUUCGCAGCGGCGCCAACCGUGUCAGCAGGAUACCGAAGGAAGUCGUCACUACCAAGGACAAUAUCAUGGACCAGCUGAGGCCGCAGAUGAGCCUGGUCACCAAGGCAUAGUCUGACUUCGAUGAUUGUGCCGGAAUUUGGUACAUACGCCUUUGACGACAAUUUUGGAUACACAACACCAGCUCACUGGCUGGGCUUCCUUUGAUCAAAACAAGCUCAUAUAAAAUCGCACAGGACGACUAUGGCAUAGAUAGCGUUCUUCACUUCUGGCUCUUCUCCUUCUCUUCGGUGCGCCCGCGUAGUGUACACAGGGCUCUUCUUACAGCGAUUAGCGGCAAGGGACGGCGUUACAAUGUCUAAUUUCUAUUCAUCAUCACAUAUUCAUCAACACAAACACUUGAAGAGGAGAUUGAGCGCUUCGAUGGCAACAGGAAGAUAUGGAGGUGACCAAGAUGUAGACUUCUAUGUGAAUUAUAGAGAACAAUGGAGAUGAACAUACCGUUG